CAUGGUUUCCUGUGGCGAACAAUCAAAAUGGCAUUGGCGAUAAUAAGUUUGAAACCUCCUCCAAACGUUGAUCCAACGAAGGCCACUUUAGCCUACGGGAGGUUAGCCAUAAAAAGAAUUAAUAGAGAAUUGAAAGAUACGGAUCUAAUAACACGCCAACGCGCUGUUAAAGCCUUAUGUGAUUAUUUGCACGAUCCUGAGCAUAUUGAAGAAGCAAUUAACGAAGGGACUAUUUGUUCGUUGAGCUUUUUGCUAAAAGACCCCGACAUACCUUGUAGGGGAUAUUCAACAGAAUGUUUUGUAAUUAUCUGCCAACACGCAAUAGGUCGAACCGCUGCGUUGAGACAUAAUAUUUUGGAGUCUUUUGAGCCUCUUCUAGAUUUUAACCAACCUGAUGUGAUCAGACUAAAUACGCACAGAGCUAUCGAACUUUUAACUACGAAUUUAACAGGUGUACAGGCAAUCAUUGAAGCAAAAUACAUUGACUUAUUAGUGAGAUGUGUUGAGAAAGAAGUGGAUGAAAUUAAGAUUGUUGUAUUGAACACUUUAUAUCACUGCUUCAGUUUUGAAACCGAAGAAGGAUUAAAUGCCGGUGGGAUACCACUGUUUACUAAACUUCUUACUCAUUCAAACACAGAAAUCAGAACACGUGCCGCUCAAAAUAUUUUGCGUUUAUGUGUAAAUCUAAGAGGUAAACAAGAAGCUUUGGAUAAUGAAACAAUUCCUGCACUAGUUUCUCUAUUAAAUGAUCCAAGUGAAGAUUUGAAAGCAUUUUCUACUGGAGCAUUGGGUUUUAUAUGUACAACAAAUCAUGGUCGUUAUACUACUUUAAAUGCUGGUGCUAUUCCUUUACUUCUUAAUCUGAUUGAUGAUAAAUGUAGUCGAGUAAGAGUUAAUACUUUCAAGGUUCUAACUUGUUUAUCUGAGACACCUGAGGGUCGAAGGAUUCUGUUGGAUCAUUUAAAUAAAAUAUCACCACAUGUAACUGAUAUGAAUGCUGCUGUAGCGAAACAUGCAAAAAUAGCUUUAUCUGUUAUCACUUGGCAACCUUAAUUCUCCUUCCACACCACCCCACCCCACCCCCGAAAAAACUAUAGUUAAUAAGACGCAAUGAAAAAAAACAACAAAAAGACAAACGGAAUGUUUACAUAUACUUUCAUAAUAUUUCGUUUAUCCUAUAGUGAGAUCUCCCUUAUAGGGUAAUACAGUUCUAAUGAGAGUAAAAUACCGCCUAAUAUAUUUCUUCAUUAAUGUAUGCAUCAGAUUAUCUAUAAUAAUAUAAUUCAUUUUAUGUGA